ACAAAAAUUGUAGCAAUUUUCCUCUCCUGAUAUCCAUGUAUUGCAUUUGAACCACAAAGUCUAAAGCAAUGGCAGAACCUCUAAUUGAACAAGGCUGCUAGGAUUUUCUCUGAAAUUAUCUUAAUCCUAUGGCCUCCACGGCAUCUCCUCCAUAUCCGGCUUCUCUCUUCGUCGUUGGUUAUCCAACAUGGAAGAACCAAACUAGUAUCCUGUUACAAAAUAAAGCAACCAUGAGGAAUAAUAACCAUGCUAAACUUUGUGUUUUUGCCGCGACACAAGAUUCCGGUAAUUGGCAAAGGCCACCCCCUGGUGUUGACACAAGAAUUCAUUGGGAGAAUGAUGAUGAAGGUUGGGUUGGAGGGACCAGUUCAAAUGCUAAACAAGAGCCACUUAAACCUGAAACUGAGCAGAAGAAUUUACUUGGUGAAAAAUUUUCUGAGCUGCUUUACUCCUCUGAUUCUCAUUAUCAGUUCUUAGGGAUACCACCAGAUGCUGAUUUAGAGGAGAUUAAAACAGCUUAUAGAAGAUUAUCAAAAGAAUAUCACCCAGAUACAACUUCACUUCCUCUGAAAACAGCAUCAGAGAAGUUCAUGAGACUCAGAGAAAUCUACAAUGUUUUGAGUGAUGAUGAAAGCCGGAGAUUCUAUGAUUGGACAUUAGCUCAAGAGGCAGCUAGUCGUCGAGCAGAAAAGAUGAGGAUGAAGCUCGAAGAUCCUUAUGAGCAGGAUGUUAUGAAUUAUGAACCAGUCCCGGAUAUGGUAGAUAGGCUUGGUGGGAAGAAUUUAGAAUUAAGUGACCAAGCAAUGAGUGCUCUUACAUUUGAUGCUAUCAUACUUGUCUUCUCAAUAUGUUGCAUUGUUUAUGCUAUAUUCUUCAAGGAGUACUAGUAAAUGUAAAUCCGUAUGUAUAGAUUAAUUUUUUCAAAUAAUGAAGCUUAUAUAGAGUUGUACAAAAAUGUAAGAUAUUAGUCUUGAUUAUACAAGGUGGUAUGUUAUUGUGUUA